GAUUCUUGCUGAGUGCAGAUGGGAACUGCGACUGGUGGUGUGUUUGCUGACAGUGGGUCACUUGUGUAAAGGAGAGCAAGCGAGGGAGAGAGAGAGAAAGAAAGAAAGGAAAGGAAAGGAAGAAGAGUUGCUGUUCAAUUUUGCGAAGAAGUCUUUUUGUGCAAAAUUUGUUUCUGGUCUCGGGGAGAGAAAGCAGCACAUUUUUGUGCGUGGACGACUGUGGUUUUUUGUUUUGUUUUCUGAAAAAGGUUCCUCGUAUCUAAAGGAAUGACUGCGACUCAUCAUCAUUCUGGAUUGGGGUUGAAGGCGGGUUCGGUGUCGCCGCUGGAACGGGUUCGACGUGCCCUGGGUGGCGGUCACUCGAGGGACUCGUCAUCCGACAGCAGUGACGGACAGCAGCAUCAUUCCCACUCCCUGUCCCGGUCGCCGAAAUUCUGCGGCGGCGGCAGCGUUGGUGGCGGCGGCGGCCGUGGACUCCCGCAUUCGUCUUUCUCGUGUCCGGCGGACUUGCUGAGCCACGGCCAUGGCGCCGGUCGUGCCCAGGGUUCGGGUCCUUUGUUUGGGCGGUGUUUGUCGUCCUAUUCGCCCGUCGGCUCUGUGCCGCCAGUGCUCAAGAUGCUCUGCGACUUUCUGGAGGCCAACGGACGAAUGCCGACUGAUGACCCAAAUUUGUCGGGAAACCCGUUGGGUUCGUUCUCCGGGUUCCGAGAUGGAUGCUGUCUUUAA